AUGGACGAGAUCGCGUUGCUGCAGCAGCAACUGGCGGCUGUCCAGCAGCAGGAGGCCGCGCUGAAGCUGUCGGACCACAACAUCAUCGACUUGCUGCGCAAGCUGCAGCAACUGGGCAAGCUCCAGGUGAUCCACACGCGCACGGGCAAGCAGUUUCUCACGCCGCUUCGAGUCCAGCGCGAGAUUGCCGACUACGUGGCGCUCUACGGCGGCCGCGUGAGCCUCACGGAGCUCGAGAAACUCAUUGAUGUGGACCGUGUGCAUGUCGAGAAGCAGGCAGCCGCGCUCUGUCGAGGAAGCCGAGGCCACAAGGACUCGUAUCACGUGGUGAACGACGGUGAAGAGCUGCUGACGAGCUCGUACUUAGACGGGAUCAUGGAAGACACGGACGUGUUGCUGCAGGAGCGAGGCACGACGUCAAUAGGGGACCUGGCUCAGCACUAUGGCUUUGCCGUGGAGUACAUGCGGGACGUUGUCCGUCUUCGACUGGGCGGGAUCUUGAGAGCUCGUGAACGGGACAAUGUCUUGUACACGGAGUCGUACGUGACGGCUCAAAAAGCGCGGCUUCGAGGCGUCUUUGCAGCCGUUACACGUCCUGCGUUUGUGCCGGACGUGCUGCGGUCGUUUGGCGUCGAUGAAGCGGUGGCAAACGAGGCGCUGACCGAGUUGCUGCAGUCCAAAGUGCUGAUGGGGACGUUGAGAGGGCGCGAGUACGUGCCGUACGUGUUUAUGGAAGCACAGAGAAAGAGCAUGUACUCGUUCUUUCAAGAAAAUGGGUACGUGGACCACGCCCGCGCUCGGGAGCUGCAGGUCGCUCGACCGUAUGAUUUUAUCAAGAAGAGGUUUCCAGAUGCUGUGCGACUACAAGAGAGUGUUGUGAGUCGGGCUUUGCAGCUGCAGAUGGAAGGAGCGGUCGAAGCUGCCGUGAAUGAGGAAUCGCUGGUGGACGUACGGUUGGUGAUGCCGAGUGCCUUGUCGAUAUCUGAUGUGGCAGUGCUGUUAGCGUUGUCGCCAGCGUUGACAAAGGUGGGGCGCGAGCCGAAGGUGUUUCAGAUUGCAGACACUUUUGCAGUGAGCUCGGGCUUUUUUGCUUCGUGUAUGGAAAAGUUCGGGGAAGAUGCACGGGUUAAAGCCACUCGUGCUGCAGCUGAGCAGAAGAGUGCUGGUGGUAAUGUUCGUGCUAUCCGGGAAAGUAGACAAGAGGUUGAUGAAGGUGGUGGAUUGGAUGAGGAGGCGACUGGUGGGAACGUCGGUAAGAAAGAGAAGCGUGGCAAGGGCGGAAAGAAGCGCGACCCAGAAGAGGCUGGAGGUCGAAGUGUAAAGGUGGGAAAGGCCAAGAAAGGGAAACGAGGAGCGAAACAGGGCGGAGAUGCUGACGACGAUAGUGAAUGUCGAGCACCGUCCGUUCAAGUCUCGAUCGUGCCGACACGUGAGGAAAUCGUUGAGCUUCUAGUGAAGUGGUUUCCAGCCGUUGAAGAUCUGGAAGGUGACGACGACUUUACAGACGGCAUGGUGGCAUAUCUAGAAAGCAAGAUUGCUAACGUGUACUCGGCUGCACUGACUAAGGCGCUGUCGAGUGUUCUACGGGGAGACGCUGUGUCCUUGCGCGAGCUGCGCAAGACGUUCGAAGACCGUUUCGAUAAUCAAUUUUCGACGUUGCUUCUGCUGGAAAGAGGUUUUAACAAGUUAUCGAUGCACGUGGUCGCCAAGGAUGUUGCUGGUAUGGAACAGCUUGCUUUCUUGGAGGUGCACUUGCUCGAAUCGUCUGCCGUCGAUCUGACAGCUUUGGUCACAAGUUUUGUAGCCGAAAGCAAUAGUCUCGAAAUGAAAGACGUGCUGCCUUUGUCGCCUCCUGGUGGUAGCGAAGAAAAUGAGAUCAAGAGAACGUUUGGUCCUGUGACGAUCUUAAGCGAUGAGAACAAAAGAAUCCUCGAGUCGGGCCUUCCGCAGUCAACUGCAAGUGCCCUCGUACGCUUGUGGACACUCGCUACUGCUGGUCGUCGAUCACUCAGCGAUUUCAUGGCUCAUGUCCCUGUUCUAGCGGAGGCUCUGAGUAUGCCGCUUCCAAAACUGGAUCGUAAGAAAGAGCGUCAGAUCAUUUUUCGAUACCGACAGGCAACGGUAGUGACGCUGGACGAGCAGUUGGCACGCACGAUCGAAAGCAACCAGCAAUAUGCUUUGGUAGCAACGUUGGUACUGCAGCUUUUCUUCCAGCAGCUCACUGGACUUCCAGGUAGUUUCCCGCGUGGAACUGUGUCUUACGGCGAAAUGGUGCUCAACGCCUUUCAAGGCUCUGUGCCGCAAAGGGCGAUGCUUAUCAUGCGAACAUUCGUUCGCCUGGCUAGCGCAAUCAGUCGUGGUGACGGAAUAGCUGAAGAGCAACAGAGUACGUGGAGCGAGAGUCUGGAUGCUGCACGUUCGUUGGUGCUAUUGAAAGACAUGAGUUGUGUAGUGUGA